UCACAAAAAAAGAUUCUAAAUACAGAUAUUACAGUGUAAUGCAGGGUUUUUAUAGUGAGAUUUAGCGCGUUUGGAGAUUACCUGUAGCUACUUACGGCGUUAGGGGGCUGUAGGUCGGUUGACAGACAGCUGUGAUUCCUGUGAAGUUAAAGCCACGCAGUUAUCACUGUAACAGGAGGCAGCCGUGUAGAAGAUGACUGACUGUCAGGAAGAUGGGUCUCCUGAUCUGACCCCCAUGGAGCUUUACGAGAAACUCGGUGCACAAGGUGAUAAAGUGAGAGGUUUGAAGUCAGAGAAAGCUGCUAAAGCUGACAUUGAUGCUGCUGUACAGUUGCUGCUGAAACUUAAAGUAGACUAUAAAAAAAUCACUGGUCAAGAUUACAAGGCUGGUUGUCCACCAAAUGGCAUUGAGCUAAAUAGUACAGGACCAGCUGUAGAGGAUGGAGAUGAUCAAGUGGACCCCUGGAACGUGUCCACCACCAACGCCAAAGGAGUGGACUAUGACAAGCUCAUUGUGAGAUUUGGAAGCAGUAAGAUUGACGAUGAACUGAUCAGCAGAAUAGGCAGAGUCACCGGGCAGACCCCUCAUCGAUUCCUCCGCAGAGGAGUCUUCUUCUCACACAGAGACAUGCAUCAAGUCCUGGACGCCUACGAGAACAAGAAGUCUUUCUUUCUCUAUACGGGAAGAGGACCUUCAUCAGAAGCAAUGCAUGUCGGCCAUCUUAUCCCGUUCAUCUUCACCAAAUGGCUUCAGGACACGUUCAACGUGCCUCUGGUCAUUCAGCUGACUGAUGAUGAAAAGUACCUAUGGAAAGAUCUGACCCAGGAGCAGUGUCAGCGCUACGCUGUGGAGAACGCUAAAGACAUUAUCGCCCUUGGAUUCGAUGUCAACAAGACCUUCAUCUUUUCAGACUUGGACUAUAUGGGCUCAAGUCCAUCAUUCUAUAGAAAUGUAGUGAAAGUACAGAAGCAUGUGACAUUUAACCAGGUUAAAGGCAUCUUUGGAUUCACAGACAGCGACUGCAUUGGUAAGAUCAGUUUUCCUGCAAUACAAGCAGCCCCUUCUUUCAGCAGUUCCUUCCCACAAAUCUUCAAUGAGAGGAAGGAUUUGCAGUGUCUUAUCCCCUGUGCCAUUGACCAGGACCCCUAUUUCCGCAUGACCCGAGACGUAGCUCCUCGGAUAGGCUACCCCAAACCUGCUCUGCUGCACUCCACCUUUUUCCCUGCCCUGCAAGGAGCUCAGACCAAGAUGAGCGCCAGCGACGCUAACACUUCUAUCUUCCUAACAGAUACACCCAAACAGAUCAAGAACAAGGUCAAUAAGCAUGCAUUCUCUGGAGGAAAAGACACAGUAGAGGAACACAGGAAGUACGGAGGAAACCCAGAUGUGGAUGUGUCGUUCAUGUACCUGACCUUCUUCCUUGAGGAUGAUGAGGAGCUGGAGAAGAUGAGACAGGAUUAUUCAAGUGGAGCUCUUCUGACUGGUGAAUUGAAGAAACGUCUGAUUGAGAAUCUUCAACCCAUGAUCGCAGCCCACCAAGAGAGACGCAAGCAAGUUACAGAGGAGAUGGUCAAGCAGUUUAUGACUCCACGGAAGCUGGAUUUCAACUUCUAAUUUAAAUGUACAAAUGUGGAAGAUGGACAGAUCGUAUUUUAGGUAUUGUGUAAUACCUAAAUGGCCAUAACUCACAACCAUCAAGGACCAGUGCUAUAAAAAUGCUCAGUAAACACAUCCAACAUUAACUCAUGUCAAAUAAAAUGUGAAUACUAACUAAUCUCAGUGUGCAAAAUGUGGAAUUCAUAUAUUUCAGUUUUGUAAAAAAAAAAAAAAAAAAGUACACACUAUUGUAUUUUGUCAAUGUUUUUAAAAAUGUCACAUGCAAUAUAAUAGAUUAAAAUAGCACCCCAUGCUAUAAUGGUCUUGUCCGUCCCAGAAAGGAAAGCAUGGUCAAACUGACGAAGAUGGGAUUCACAAUAGUAUGAAAAGGUUUGGGCACACCUGAUCAUUUUGAUUAUUUGCCUUUAUUAAUCAUUAUUUGUUCGUAUCAGCAAAUUCAGUUAAAUACAUCAUAUAGCAGAUGAACACUGGUCUAGCUUUAGCAUACCUCAAGCGACUCUGUUUGUGGCGUGUGCUCAGAAAAGUCUUUUUUUGCAUUUCCCUCCCAUACAGCCUCUCUUGUGCAGUGCCUGAUGAGACUUGUACAAGAUGCAUGCAAAAAAAAAAAAAAAAACAAGCAAAAUUCCAAAACGCAUUUCUGUCAAAAUGCAUCUGUAAAAAAAAACACUUGUUUUCUAAGUAUACUGCAGUUCAUCUAAUUAAUCAUGACUAAUAAUACUGUCUGUAAUUAGAUGUAAAGUUGGGUCAGUGUUUUUUUUAAACACUGGCGAUGUCCUCGAUAUGCUUUAAAAAUUAUUUUGUUGAUAAUCAUUAAUCAUACCACAGCAUUAUAACGUU